AUGGCUUCUACCUCGAACGACCGGCCGGUCUCGGCAAACGUGACCGCCGCUCAGUCCCCUCCCUCCGACAACGACGGCGGCGAGCGUCCCGUUCGCCAGCAACUCCAGGAAACUACCAUUGAAUCCACCUCUCAACCUGCCAAUGAAAGCUCCGGAGGCCGCAAGCGCUCCUUCGAAGAAUCGCGCGAGAACGAUGACUCUCCUGCUGACAAGGGCGAAAGUCGCAAGAAGCGAUCUCGCGAGAACACCCCGGAUAACUCUAACGCUGGGGAGGCUGCUGCCCAAGCUCAAAUGAGCAAGAAGCGGUCUCGCGAAAACACCCCGGACGAUACCAACAUUGAAAAGACUGCUACCCAAGUUACAACUGCUGAUACCCAGACCGUGAAAGUGAGUGAGAAUGAACCCAAGGACCAAGCCACUUCUGCGCCUAAGCGCAACUACUGGAUCUGCAACGGCAAACGUCGCAAGUCUUUCCAUGAUGAUUCCCCCGAGACGGACGUGGACUUCUCUCCCCUCAUGGACCGCCAUGAUGCUUCUGCCGAGCGGGCCAAGGAAUCUGAUCGCCCCAACACGUCCUACCGUGAUGCUGCAACCCAGGCAGAUCAGGACUCUAAAUACCCCAACACUUCCUACCAUGAUGCUGCAACCCAGACGGAUUGCGAUGCUGAAUUCCCUAACCCAUCCCUCCAUGAUGCUUCCACUCAGACAGACGCGGACUCUGAAAACCACAAGUCGUCUCUCUGUGAAGCCGCCACCCAGACAGACGUGGACUCUGAAUACCCCCAGUCCCCACCCUGUGGAGCUUCCACCCAGGAAGAGGUGGACUCUGAACACCCCCAGUCGCCUUCCUGUGGAGCUUCUACCCAGGGAGAGCUGCCAGAUGAGUCUGAUACUCCUCUCAUUCCUACCCAGAGAUCCCAGUCUGCACCCGCGGUCCCCACUACCAGUUAUGCAUCCUCUUGGUACAUGGAAUCUCCCGAUGCUUCCCUUGUCGGUGCUCAAUCUCCCUGGUUUAUUGGGUCCCCUCUUGAAUCUCCUACCGGGGUGGGCUGCGGUUCCGCCGCUGAUAAUGACCAUGCAUCUUGUGCCGAGCCACGUACUGAAUCAUCAUUGGGAUCACCUGUCAAACGCACCUAUUAUGGGCCUUUCUAUGAAGAUGAUGAAGAGGACGAGGAAAUUCCUCCGGACCUGCUGAACACAUCUGAGACCCCCCACCUCGAACCAUCUCUACCUCCACUAGCAUCCACCAAGGGUCCAUCCAAGAAACGGAGCCUAGGAGAAUAUCAAGCUGACAGCCCGAAGGCCUCGGAACUCACAGACACAACCACCAAGACCCCGGAGCCCGAGAAGAAGCGCCACCGAGACAAUUCACAGGAACCUGAAACUAAGACUGACAAGGUAUGUCGGAGCAGCCUAGCAAAACUUUGUGAAACACUGACUGAUAGUUGCCACCAGGUAUUUGCCGCAAGCGCUUUCGGGAAGGCAGCCGGCGCUUCCCCAUUUGCCUCACUGGGAAAGAAGCUCGAGCCUACCAAUGCGGAUUCUGAGAAGAAGACGAGCGCCUCAACCUUUGCAUCGUCAAGCCUUGCCGGAUUCGCGGGAUCUGAGAAAUCACCAUUCAGCACCCUGGGGGCAUCGACCCCUUCUAUCUUCAAGCCUGCUGCCAGUUCUGGAUUCGGGUCCCUAGGAAGCGGGUUUUCAGGCGUGGGCGGCGGAUUCUCAGGUGCUGCGAAGUCAGGCGGUUUGACCAGUUUUGCAUCGAACAGCCCUGUACCUCUCGGGGGCACGCCGACUUCGCAGCCCAAAGAGAACCCGGCUGCCGACGAGAGUGAGAGUGCCAAUGACUCUGAACAGGAGAAGGCGAGCACUUUCAAGGCGGAGAAGACCGAUGACCGUUUCUACGAGCAAGAAAUGGCCACCGGCGAGGAAGAGGAGUUGACCAGCUUCUCGUGCAAGGCCAAGCUCUUUAAGUUCCUUGACGGGGAAUGGCGAGAGCGCGGCAUCGGCACGUUCAAGGUGAACUGCCGGUAUGACCAUGGGCGCCUCGUCGGUCGCAUGAUCAUGCGCGCCGAUGGGGCGCUCAGGGUCAUGCUCAAUAGCCCUGUCUUCAAGGGCAUGAAGUAUGGCGACUCGGAGGGGAAGCCCCCAAAGAGCAAGCAGCUCUUUUUGGGGAGUAUGGAGGAGGGCCGGCUCGUCUCCUGCCUGCUCCGGACUGGCAAGCAGGAGACCGCCGAAGAACUAUAUAAAGUUCUCGGCGACCUGCUGGAGUCGGAGCGGGAAGGAGGCGAGGGCUCGGAGGAGGAGGAGGAAGGGGAGGAAGAGGAGAAGGCGGAAAAGUAG